AAGUAGACUAAUAUUAUUUUUCUUUGGCCACCGUACAAUAUAUAUAUAUACAGCACAAAAAGUACACACACAAACAAAACAGAGCAACGGCUCACCGUCCAUGGCCUCUGCCAUCCCCUUCUUUCUCUCUCUACGCCCAUAAUUCUCUCUCUCUCCUCUCCAUUUUCUCCACAAUUCCGUUGACCGGAGAAAAAGAUUUCCCCAACCCCUAUGUGUAUUUUCCGACCAAUGUCUAGCGGCGGAAGUACCAGUCCCUCCAGCGCAACCGCCACCGCCACGGUCGUCAACGGCGGCGCCUGCGCCCACCAACGCCGCCGCGUCGCCGAAUCGGCUGCCGACCUCUCGGAGAUGGAGAAGCCUGCCGACCACGCGCCGGCCGUCCUGGACCACUCCAAGAGCGACGUGGACGAGGAGGCGCUUUCGAUGUUCGGUGCUGCCGCAGGAAAUUGCAGCGGCGGCGGCGCGUAUGUGUACGGCUCCUUGAACCACCACCACCACCAUCCGGUGAUUAGGUACUUCCUGUCGCGCAAGAGGCUGCCGGAGAAUUGGGCCAUCGGCGCGUGGGGUGCCCUGAGCUCGAGGAAAAACAUUGGCCGCACGGUCUUUGUGUUCCUCCUGGCGUUGGUGGCCGUAUCGGCGUUUCUGAAGUUAUCGUUCUCGAUCGGCGGCGGAGCCGGCGGGAGGGACGCGACGGCAGAGAAAGAGGUCUUUUUUGUUCAGAAUUUCAAUAAAGAUUCGAUUUUUAAUGCUCAGAAGGCGGUUUUGGACUCCGAGUCGUCGCCCGGCGGCGGCGCCGUGCAAAAGCGGCAGAUGAAGGAGUUUCCGGUCCCAGAAAUAUGGAUGAAGCCCAAUAGUGAUAACUUUUACCAAUGCAUAGCCAGACCAAGGAAUUACAAGAGGACUCAGAGGACAACAAAUGGAUACAUCCUAAUUCACGCAAACGGAGGAUUGAAUCAGAUGAGAACAGGAAUAUGUGACAUGGUUGCUGUAGCCAAGAUUAUGAACGCCACUCUCGUUCUUCCUUCGCUCGAUCACCAGAGCUUUUGGACAGAUCCUAGCGAUUUUAAGGAUAUUUUCGACUGGAGGCAUUUUAUUGAGGUGUUGAAAGAUGACAUCGAUAUAGUCGACGAGCUGCCCAAGAAGUAUGCAUCAGUUAAGCCCCUGAUCAAAGCACCUGUUUCUUGGUCUAAGGCUAGUUAUUACAGAAAGGAGAUUCUCCCUUUGCUAAAGAAGCACAAGGUUAUCAUGUUCACACACACCGACUCGCGGCUCGUGAACAAUGGCUUAGCCUCGUCUAUACAAAAACUGAGGUGCCGCGCGAAUUAUGAGGCCCUUCGCUACACGCCCGAAAUCGAGGACCUCGGCAAGAAACUCGUCGAGAGGCUUCGGGACGAGGGAGAACCUUACAUUGCCCUUCACUUGAGGUACGAAAAGGACAUGCUCGCAUUCACAGGUUGCAAUCACAACCUAACCGCAGACGAAGCAAACGAGCUUCGUGUGAUGAGAUACAAUGUGAAGCAUUGGAAAGAAAAAGAGAUCGACAGUAAGGAAAAACGACUCGAAGGAGGUUGCCCAAUGUCUCCACGAGAGGCCGCUCUAUUUCUCAAGUCUAUGGGUUACCCUUCAUCGACCCGUAUAUACAUUGUGGCCGGCGAGAUUUACGGCAAAAAUAGCAUGGAUGCUCUAAAAACCGAGUACCCGAACGUUUUUUCCCACUCGACACUUGCCACGGAUGAGGAACUUAAGCCCUUUAGCUCGUACCAAAACCGGCUAGCGGCACUUGAUUACAUCAUCGCCCUUGAGAGUGAUGCGUUUGUGUACACGUAUGAUGGGAAUAUGGCGAAAGCCGUGCAGGGCCACAGGAGAUUCGAAGGGUUUAGACGGACCAUAAAUCCCGACAGGUUAAGUUUUGUGAGGCUUAUUGAUUCGUUUGAUGAGGGGGGGCUCACAUGGGAGGAAUUUGCGUCGGAGGUUAAGAGAGUGCAUUCGGACAGAAUCGGGGCGCCUUAUUUCAGACAACCCGGGCAACUUCCGAGGUUGGAAGAGAAUUUCUACGCGAAUCCUUUCCCAGGUUGUGUUUGCAACAGGUCACAAGAGCAGAACAAGAGGAAGCAGUUGGAUCAGAGGCUGAGAAUCGCUUCACAAUGACAGAUACUUUUUUCUUUUUUUUCGUUACAUUUUUUUGUUCGUUUUUCGUUAGAAAAAGGGGGAGAAAAAUAAGAAAGAAGAUAAGAUUUUUGUAUAGUACACGAUGAAAUACGAAUUGGGAGCGACGACGAAUUUUUUUCGCCAUUUGCAUGAUAUAGCAAGAGAAAAAAAGGGUCACAUUCAAAUAUAGGUACAUUUUGAGAUGUGAUCUUUGUAUGUAAAUCCUUGUUAUGGUUUAUGAUGGGUGAGGAUAUAUAUAUAUACACACACACCUGGGGUUUGUGAGCUGAGAAAGCUGGGUUUGGUAGGGGCGUAUAUAUACCACAGUUUGGUACAGGGAAACUGCAGAUUUAUUCAAUUUAUUGUUUUUCAUAAUUUUUUCUCCCUUUUUGUCUUACUGUUGGCUGCAUAUUUAUGGUAAGAUGAUGAUUUAACAAGCAAA